GUCCUAUGAAAGGACUAAAGUAAUCAGCCUCAAAGUACUAAUCGUUGAGUUCGUUGAAGUCAGGGUUUUUCCCUUAGGUACUGUAAUAAAAAUUAGUUGAACAAAUUAAUACACAGCCACCCACUUUCUAGCAUCUCAUUAUUUAAAAAAAAUUGAGGUCCAGCUUUUUUCCUGUCCUUUAAAAAUUAUGGAUUUGAAUUUUGAAGCGAUCCUAUUACUUUUUCCUCAGCUGACUUAAUUGAUUUCCACUCCAAUUGCUAAACUAACAGGCUACUGAUUUUUGUCUUGUUAAAGUCUUUUUGCUUCUAAAUUUGAGGAAGCGCCUUGAGGACAGACACACAGCAGACGCCGCCGUGAGUAAAGUAAUACUAUCAAAGGACGAUUUCUGGGGUAGCGAAGUGGGGGAAUUCCUAGCUUCCUUGCUUUAAUUUUUAGUCAGCCGCAUCUUCAAGUCAACAAAACCUUUAUGAUCUUGGGCUAAAACCUCACACCCAGUCUCAGUAUCCUAUAGACACAGAGAGAAUGAAAAAACGUCACUUAAACAAACACUUGGCGACGGCGAACCCACAGAGCAAACAAGUCCCAGGAAGUGAUUUCCGGAUGGAGGUGGGAGGGGCGGUAAUUUCCGGUCUUAGGCAGGCGACGGCUCUUGCGCAAGCGCAAUUCUCACGUUCUUGGCUUUUUUUCCCCUUUCCCCUCUCCCUCCCUCCCCCACCCGGAGGGGGCUUGAGGUGACAGCGACUGCGAUUCCAGCAGGAGGAGAAGAUGGACAAGGGGAAGGCCGGGAGACGACGAUCUUCUGCUGAAAUUGUCACAGAAGGAAAAAGGAAAAAGCCUUCGUCUUCAGAGUUACAUAAGAUAACAAAGAUAUUAAAUGCAAAACCAGAGGAUGUUCAUGUUCAGUCACCACUGUCCAAACUCAGAAGCUCAGAACACUGGGAUGUUUCUUUGCAGGGGUUGAAAAGGAGCCUAAGAAAUAAGGUCCUCUCUCUAGACCAUAAAAGUAAAAAAGGUGUACGUGGUCAUCCUGUCACUGCUAAGAUAUCACCAGAAAGGCAACUCAAAGUUAUGUUGACGAAUGUCCUAUGGACGGAUUUAGGACGAAAAUUCAGAAAGACCCUACCUAGAAACGAUGCUAAUUUAUGUGAUGCCAACAAGGUGCAAUCUGACUCAUUGCCUUCGACAUCUGUUGACAGCCUAGAGACAUGUCAAAAAUUAGAACCUCUUCACCAAAGCCUUAAUUUAUCUGAAAGGAAACCCAGAGUUAUAUUGACGAAUAUCCUGGGAACGAAGUUAGGAAGAAAAUACAUAAAGACCUCAUCUGUAACUGAGGCCAAUUUGGGUGAUACAGACAACUUGCAAUCAGAGCAGCUUUCUUCAUCAGCUGAUGGCAGCCUAGAAUCUUGUCAAAAUCUAAAUCCUCACAAGAGCUUCUUUUUAUCUGAAAGCAGUUCACAAUCAAGUAAGACAGACAAUUAUGCAAAGCAGACUUCUUACACUAGAGAAAAACGAAGAGAUGACGAUGGCAUUUCUUUUAUGUCUGAUAUUCAGCCUAAAGACCUCAGUAGUGGAAGUAGAGACUGUGACCAUCUUGAAGAGGGGAGUGGAAACAAGGAUGAUACAAAUUCUGUUUCAAGAAUGGAACCCACUAUGAUUUCCAGGAAGAGAAAGAAAAGGCUUAGAAGUAAUUUACCUGGUACUCAUAAUCCUACUGCUCUGUAUAAGUCAGCAGAACAGACAAAAGAGCAAGAAAAUGACCCAGCAGUAUUCACUGAGUUGGAAAAGUCAAGUGAAAACUAUGAUGAGGAUCCAAAACUGUUUGAAGAAGUUAUACAUGAAUCCAUAGAAAGUGAUUUUGCUCAACUACCCUCACUUUGUGGUCAGGAGUUGGCUUUGAGUGCUUCUCCUCAAAUGACCUCUGAAUGUUCAACCAUGGAAACUUUUGAGAGCUCUAUCUCCUCUGAUACUAUGGGGAGUUCUACUCUAGUUGUGAAGGAUGAGAAUGAAUUGAACACAAUAGAAAAACCUGUUUUAAGUGAACACAGUGAAGGGAAUCCAUCAUUUAUCUCUGCUGAACCAAUUGUUGUUUCUAGUGAUGAAGAAGGACCCACUGAACAUAAAAGUUCAGAAAUUCUUAAAUUACAGCCUAAGCAGGAUGAUGCCAUUUCUCAUGAAAGUGAGAGUACUUCUGAACCAGUAGUGUCAGAACUACCAUUGAUUACUUGUGAGUCUGUACAGACUUCAUCUGAAUUAUGUUCAUAUAGUCCUGUCAUGGAAAACAUGUCCUGUCUUAUACCUAAGAAUGAGAUGGAUCUACAACUGGAUUUUGUAUUUACUUCUGUUUAUAUUGGUAAAAUAAAAGGAGCUUCUAAAGGUUGUGUUACAUUCACAACAAAGUAUAUUAAGAUCCCAUUUCAAGUGUCUGUGCAUGAGAUUUCAUUGCUAGUGGAUACCGCACAUUUAAAGAGGUUUGGGUUAUGGAAAAAUAAAGAUGAUGAUCACAGUAAAAGAAGUCAUGCUAUCCUCUUUCUUUGGGUCUCCUCAAAUUAUCUUCAAGAGAUUCAGACCCAGCUAGAAAAUUCUAUAUUAAGCCAGCAAUCAAAAUCGACUGAAUUCAUUUUCCUUGAGCUACACAGUUCUAUUUCACAGAGAGAAGAAUUGAAAUUGAAAGACAUUAUGACAGAAAUAAGUACAACCAAUGGAGAAUUAGAGCUUUCUUAUCCAUUGUCUUGGGUUCAGGCACUUCCUUUAUUUCAGAACCUGUCUUCCAAAGAAAGUUCUUUUAUUCAUUAUUACUGUGCUUCAACUUGUUCUUUCCCUGCUGCUACUACUGAAGAAAUGAAGAUGAAAUCGGUGUCUCAGCCCUCAAAUACAGAUGCAGCCAAGCCUACUUACACCUUACUGCAGAAGCAAAGCAGUGGUUGCUACUCACUUUCUAUUACUUCUAAUCCAGAUGAGGAAUGGCGAGAAGUCAGGCACACUGGACCUGUUCAGAAGUUGAUUGUAUAUCCUCCACCACCUACUAAAGGGGGUUUAGGAGUAACUAAUGAAGAUCUGGAGUGCUUAGAAGAAGGAGAGUUUCUUAAUGAUGUAAUCAUUGAUUUCUAUCUUAAGUAUCUUAUAUUGGAGAAGGCAUCAGAUGAACUUGUUGAACGAAGUCAUAUUUUUAGUAGCUUUUUCUACAAAUGCUUGACAAGAAAGGAAAAUAAUUUAACAGAAGAUAAUCCAAAUCUUUCAAUGGCUCAGAGAAGACAUAAGAGAGUAAGAACAUGGACUCGUCACAUAAACAUCUUUAACAAAGAUUACAUCUUUGUGCCUGUAAAUGAGUCGUCUCACUGGUAUCUUGCAGUCAUUUGUUUUCCAUGGUUAGAAGAAGUUGUGUAUGAGGAUUUUCCACAGACUAUAUCCCAGCACUCCCAGGCUGAGGAGUCCCACCAUGACAGCAGAGCAAUAGAUAAUGAUCUACAUACUUCUUCAGCACUGUCGUCAGGUACAGAAGAUUCUCAAAGUCCUGAGAUGAAUGUGACAGUACCAAAGAAAAUGUGUAAAAGGCCAUGCAUUCUCAUACUAGAUUCUUUGAAAGCUGCUUCUAUACAAAACACAGUUCAGAAUUUACGGGAGUAUUUAGAGGUAGAAUGGGAAGUUAAACGAAAAACUCAUCGUGAAUUCAGCAAAACAAACAUGGUGGACCUGUGCCCUAAAGUUCCUAAACAAGAUAAUAGCAGUGAUUGUGGUGUAUAUUUACUGCAAUAUGUGGAAAGCUUCUUUAAGGAUCCUAUUGUUAACUUUGAACUUCCAAUUCAUCUGGAGAAAUGGUUCCCUCGUCAUGUAAUAAAGACCAAACGGGAAGAUAUUCGAGAGCUCAUUUUGAAGCUUCAUUUACAGCAACAGAAGGGCAGCAGCAGCUAGUUAAUCUGUACAAACAUGACACAGAUGCUCUAUACGAUUACUGGAAAGCCGCUUACCAGCAUUUGUGUUGGCCAGCUCACAGAGAAGAAAAUAACUUGCAGUAGUUUUAUAAGUCAUUGUACAUUAUUUAAAAUAUAUAAGAUAUAUUAUUAGAAUUGUUGGGAUCUCAUAGAUGGAGUGGAAAUGAGGGUGAUAUAGAUUAAUGUAUUAGAUAGAAGUUAAAGUUUCAUAAAUAUUUGAUUCAAAAUAUUUCAUAAAUAUUUUCUGAUUAAAUAUGCUUGGAUUAUGCAAUAGUGUAUGUAAUGUGGGAAUGUUUUUGUAGAUAAUAAAGCUAUGUGAUCUGUACUUCCACAUAACUGGGAGUUGAAGGGAGUUAGGUCCUCCCUGGUGCCAGCCCCAGUGCUUGUCAAAUUUGUUGACAAGUCACAUUAUAUUGUAGUUUUAUUCUUUGCAGCUCAAGCAUGCAGUAUGAAUACUGUGUAUUUUUUUUAAAAAAAGAAUUUAGUAUCAAGGCUUCAGAAAAUGCCAUUUACGGCAUCCCUUCUGUAUAGCAUAAGAGAAAACAAUGUUAGGAUGGUGACAAGAAUUCACUCUUUCAAAGCGCAGCUUAUUUUUCUCAGUUGCUAAAUGGAACUGUUACUCUAAUUGUUGUUUGUUUUGUUUCUUUUGCUGUCAUGUGUGGGUAUCUGAGAAUUUAGUUUGUUCAUUCAGAGUGAAUUUGGAGCAAAAAAUUUAGCUAUCGCAAAAAAUUGCAUAUGUAGCUCAACUUAGUUUAUUUGAGAUAUAGCUAUGUAAAUAUUGACUCCUAUCCUACUCUGACAUCCCAGAAUAUGUGUAUAGUUUCUGUAAGUAUAGAAGAUAAAACUGGUGUCUUCAUAACUUUAAUUAAAAAAUCCUCGAAUUCUUAUAUACUAAUUGUUAGGACUGAAUACAUAAUUUUAUAGCUCUGUUUACCCAGUAUUUGUCUGCAAAAGCCAGAUUGCUUUCACUGCUUUUAUAUUUUUCAAUUGUAAUUUCUAGAGACUUAAGAACCAGAUGAAGCAUACGUUUUUAUUAAAUGUUCUGACAGGUAACAGUCUUGAAUUGAUGUGAUAAUGAUGAUAUUACAUAUGAUUCAACUCUUUACAACCUUCUAAUGUUAUCAGGAAUAUUUUGAGGGGACAAUUAUAUUGUAUUUUCUCAGAUAAGAAAAUUUUUAAAAUAAUAUUAUUUUAAUCUUCUAUUUUAGGCAUCUCUUAGAUUUAUGUUGUAACUGUAUAGCAGUGAAGGAAAGGCAAUUUAAGAUGAAGCUAACAGCUGGGAUGUUCUGUUUCAGAAUCAUGUGAAUUGAGUUAAGCCUUAGUGUCCUUAUGUUUGUGUCAUCACCUUUUUAUUGUUAAAGAUAUUUGUCCUUUGGAGAGUUCCUAUAAAAAUGGUUAUAACUACAUGUUUCAUUCCCAGUUUCUUUGUUGGGGAGGGAACUUUUUUAGAUGACUAUUCAUUGUUUUGUAUAUCUAAUUUUGGGAAAACAAGUAUAUAAUACAUCUUAUUGUGACUUCUUAACUUUUGUUUGUAUGUUUUUCAAAGAUACCACUGUCCCUUAUCAUGUUUUGAAGAUUGUUUAAAAUCCAUUUUCGUAAAUUCAUAUGGAAAUAAUGCUUUUAGAAUACCAACAUUUUAUAUUAAACAUAUUUCCAAUUCA